GAACUGUCUCCUGACUGCUGCAAGUUGUAACGGGCACCGCUGAGCCUGUUUCCCUUUGGGGCACUUCUUAUCUAGAAGCUGUGUUUAGUUUCUUCCAAACUGGGCUACUUCGUCCACCUACUCUGUUCUGACUAAGGAAACAGCCUCUAAGCAUCAGCAGAGCCCCGAUGAGCCCGGGCCGCGGAGCCGCUUAGCAGUCUCCCGGGACCCAGCUCCGGAGGAGCCGCAAGCAUGCACCCUGGGUUGUGGCUGCUCCUGGUUACGUUGUGCCUGACGGAGGAACUGGCAGGAGCGGGAGAGAAGUCUUAUGGAAAGCCGUGUGGGGGCCAAGACUGCAGUGGGAGCUGUCAGUGUUUUCCUGAGAAAGGAGCGAGAGGGCGACCUGGACCAAUUGGAAUUCAAGGCCCAUCAGGUCCUCAAGGAUUCACUGGCUCUACUGGUUUAUCGGGAUUGAAAGGAGAAAGGGGUUCCCCAGGCCUUCUGGGACCUUAUGGACCCAAAGGAGAUAAGGGUCCCAUGGGAGUUCCUGGAUUUCUUGGCAUCAAUGGGAUUCCGGGCCAUCCUGGACAGCCGGGCCCCAGAGGCCCACCUGGUCUGGAUGGCUGUAAUGGAACUCAAGGAGCUGUCGGAUUUCCAGGCCCUCAUGGCUAUCCUGGGCUUCUCGGACCACCUGGGCUUCCUGGUCAGAAAGGAUCAAAAGGUGACCCUGUCCUUGCUCCAGGUAGUUUCAAAGGAAUGAAGGGGGAUCCUGGGCUGCCUGGACUGGAUGGAAUCACUGGCCCACAAGGAGCACCCGGAUCUCCUGGAGCUGUAGGACCUGCAGGACCACCAGGAUUACAAGGUCCUCCAGGGCCUCCUGGUCCUCCUGGUCCUGAUGGGAAUAUGGGGCUAGGUUUUCAAGGAGAGAAAGGAGUCAAGGGGGAUGUUGGCCUCCCUGGCCCAGCAGGACCUCCACCAUCUACUGGAGAGCUGGAAUUCAUGGGAUUCCCCAAAGGGAAGAAAGGAUCCAAGGGUGAACCAGGGCCUAAGGGUUUUCCAGGCAUAAGUGGCCCUCCAGGCUUCCCGGGCCUUGGAACUACUGGAGAAAAGGGAGAAAAGGGAAUCCCUGGUUUGCCAGGACCUAGGGGUCCCAUGGGUUCAGAAGGAGUCCAAGGCCCUCCAGGGCAACAGGGCAAGAAAGGGACCCUGGGAUUUCCUGGGCUUAAUGGAUUCCAAGGAAUUGAGGGUGAAAAGGGUGACAUUGGCCUGCCAGGCCCAGAUGUUUUCAUCGAUAUAGAUGGUGCUGUGAUCUCAGGUAAUCCUGGAGACCCUGGUGUACCUGGCCUCCCAGGCCUUAAAGGAGAUGAAGGCAUCCAGGGCAUGCGUGGCCCGUCUGGUGUCCCUGGCUUGCCAGCAUUAUCAGGUGUCCUAGGAGCCCUAGGGCCUCAGGGAUUUCCAGGGCUGAAGGGGGACCAAGGAAACCCAGGCCGUACCACAAUUGGAGCAGCUGGCCUCCCUGGCAGAGAUGGUUUGCCAGGCCCACCAGGUCCACCAGGCCCACCUGGUCCAGAAUUUGAGGCCGAAACUCUACACAACAAAGAGCCAGGGUUCCCUGGUCUCCGAGGAGAACAAGGUCCAAAAGGAAACCCAGGCCUCAAAGGAAUAAAAGGAGACUCAGGUUUCUGUGCUUGUGACGGUGGUGUUCCCAACACUGGACCACCCGGGGAACCAGGCCCACCUGGUCCACGGGGUCUCAUAGGCCUUCCAGGCCUUAAAGGAGCCAGAGGAGAUCGAGGCUCUGGGGGUGCACAGGGCCCAGCAGGGGCUCCAGGCUUAGUUGGGUCUCCGGGUCCUUCAGGACCCAAAGGAAAGAAGGGGGAACCAAUUCUCAGUACAAUCUCAGGAAUGCCAGGGGAUCGGGGUGAUUCUGGCUCCCAGGGCUUCCCUGGUGUAAUAGGAAAACCAGGCAACGAUGGAGUACCAGGUCUACCAGGUCUGCCAGGACUUCCGGGUGAUGGUGGGCAGGGCUUUCCAGGUGAAAAGGGGUUACCUGGACUUCCUGGUGAAAAAGGCCAUCCUGGUCCACCUGGCCUCCCGGGAAUUGGGUUACCAGGACUGCCUGGACCCCGUGGGCUUCCUGGAGAUAAAGGCAAGGAUGGAUUACCAGGACAACAAGGCCCUCCUGGAUCUAAGGGUGACUGCUGCUGCAGAGAGAAGGUUGGUAAAGGAGACUUAAACACAGAGAGAGGAAUCACCCUGCCGUGUAUUAUUCCUGGGUCAUACGGUCCAUCAGGAUUUCCAGGCACUCCCGGAUUCCCAGGCCCUAAAGGGUCCCGAGGCCUCCCUGGGACCCCAGGCCAGCCUGGAUCAAGUGGAAAUAAAGGAAAGCCAGGGAGUCCAGGAUUGGUUCAUCUUCCUGAAUUACCAGGAUUUCCUGGACCUCGUGGGGAGAAGGGCUUGCCUGGGUUUCCUGGGCUCCCUGGAAAAGAUGGCUUGCCUGGGAUGAUUGGCAGUCCAGGUUUACCUGGUUCCAAGGGAGCCACUGGUGACAUCUUUGGUGCUGAAAAUGGUGCUCCGGGGGAACAAGGCCUACAAGGAUUAAUAGGCGACAAAGGACUUCUUGGAGACUCUGGCCUUCCAGGACUCAAGGGUGUGUACGGGAAGCCUGGCUUGCUAGGCCCCAAAGGUGAGCGGGGCAGCCCUGGAACACCAGGACCGGUGGGACAGCCAGGCACCCCAGGAUCUAGUGGUCCGUAUGGCAUCAAGGGCAAAUCUGGGCUCCCAGGAGCACCAGGCUUUCCAGGCACCUCAGGGCAUCCUGGAAAGAAAGGAACAAGAGGCGAGAAAGGCCCUCCUGGAUCAAUUGUAAAGAAAGGGCUGCCAGGGCUAAAAGGCCUUCCUGGAAAUCCAGGCCUAAUAGGGCUGAAAGGAAGCCCAGGCUCUCCAGGGGUCGCUGGGUUGCCAGCCCUCUCUGGACCCAAGGGAGAGAAGGGGUCUGUUGGAUUCGUAGGUUUUCCAGGAAUACCAGGUCUGCCUGGUAUUCCUGGAACAAGAGGAUUAAAGGGAAUUCCAGGAUCAACCGGAAAAAUGGGACCAUCUGGACACGCUGGCACUCCUGGUGAAAAGGGAGACAGAGGCAAUCCGGGGCCAGUCGGAAUACCUGGUCCAAGACGUCCAAUGUCAAACCUUUGGCUCAAAGGAGACAAAGGCUCUCAAGGCUCAGCCGGAUCCGAUGGAUUUCCAGGGCCAAGAGGUGACAAAGGAGAGGCUGGUCAACCUGGGCCACCAGGCCUGCCUGGAGCUCCUGGCCUCCCAGGCACUUUCAAAGGAGUUAGUGGAAAGCCAGGUCCCCCUGGCUUCAUGGGAAUCCGGGGCUUACCUGGCCUGAAGGGGUCCUCUGGGAUAACAGGUUUCCCAGGAAUGCCAGGAGAAAGUGGUUCACAAGGUAUCAGAGGGUCGUCUGGACUCCCAGGAACAUCUGGUCUCCCAGGCCUGAAAGGAGACAACGGCCAGACACUUGAAAUUUCCGGUAGCCCAGGACCGAAGGGACAACCUGGUGAAUCUGGUUUUAAAGGCACAAAAGGAAGAGAUGGACCAAUAGGCAAUAUAGGCUUCCCUGGAAACAAAGGUGAAGAUGGAAAAGUUGGUGUUUCUGGAGAUGUUGGCCUUCGUGGAGCUCCAGGGUUUCCAGGGGUUGCCGGCAUGAGAGGAGAACCAGGACUUCCAGGCUCUUCUGGUCAUCAAGGGGCAAUUGGGCCCCUAGGACCCCCCGGAUUAAUAGGACCCAAAGGCUUCCCUGGAUUUCCUGGUUUACGUGGACUGAAUGGGCUUCCGGGCACCAAGGGUACCCAUGGCACUCCAGGACCUAGUAUCACUGGUGUGCCUGGGCCUGCUGGUCUCCCUGGACCCAAAGGAGAAAAGGGAUAUCCAGGAAUUGGCAUCGGAGCUCCAGGGAAGCCGGGCCUGAGAGGGCAAAAAGGUGAUCGAGGUUUCCCAGGUCUCCAGGGCCCUGCUGGUCUCCCCGGUGCCCCAGGCAUCUCCUUGCCCUCACUCAUAGCAGGACAGCCUGGUGACCCCGGGCGACCAGGCCUAGAUGGAGAACGAGGCCGCCCAGGCCCCCCUGGACCUCCAGGUCCCACUGGGCCAUCCUCGAAUCAAGGCAACACCGGAGACUCUGGCUUCCCUGGAAUUCCUGGACCUAAAGGGCCUAAGGGAGACCAAGGAAUUCCAGGUUUUUCUGGCCUUCCUGGAGAGCUAGGACUGAAAGGGAUGAGAGGUGAGCCUGGCUUCAUGGGGACUCCAGGCAAGGUUGGGCCACCUGGAGACCCAGGAUUUCCCGGGAUGAAGGGGAAGGCAGGGCCAAGAGGCUCUUCUGGCCCCCAAGGUGCUCCUGGACAAACACCAACUGCAGAAGCUGUCCAGGUUCCUCCUGGACCCUUGGGUCUACCAGGGAUCGAUGGCAUCCCUGGCCUCACUGGGGACCCUGGGGCUCAAGGCCCUGUAGGCCUACAAGGCUCCAAAGGUUUACCUGGCAUCCCCGGCAAAGAUGGUCCCAGUGGGCUCCCAGGCCCACCUGGGGCUCUUGGUGAUCCUGGUCUGCCUGGACUGCAAGGCCCUCCAGGAUUUGAAGGAGCUCCAGGGCAGCAAGGCCCCUUCGGGAUGCCUGGAAUGCCUGGCCAGAGCGCGAGAGUGGGCUACACGUUGGUAAAGCACAGCCAGUCGGAACAGGUGCCCCUGUGUCCCAUCGGGAUGAGCCAGCUAUGGGUGGGGUACAGCUUACUGUUCGUGGAGGGGCAAGAGAAAGCCCAUAACCAGGACCUGGGCUUUGCUGGCUCCUGUCUGCCCCGCUUCAGCACCAUGCCCUUCAUCUACUGCAACAUCAACGAGGUGUGCCACUAUGCCAGGCGCAAUGAUAAAUCCUACUGGCUCUCCACUACUGCCCCUAUCCCCAUGAUGCCCGUCAGCCAGACCCAGAUUCCCCAGUACAUCAGCCGCUGCUCUGUGUGUGAGGCACCCUCGCAAGCCAUUGCUGUGCACAGCCAGGACAUCACCAUCCCGCAGUGCCCCCUGGGCUGGCGCAGCCUCUGGAUUGGGUACUCCUUCCUCAUGCACACUGCCGCUGGUGCCGAGGGUGGAGGCCAGUCCCUGGUCUCACCUGGCUCCUGCCUAGAGGACUUUCGGGCCACCCCUUUCAUUGAGUGCAGUGGUGCCCGAGGCACCUGCCACUACUUUGCAAACAAAUACAGUUUCUGGUUGACCACAGUGGAGGAGAGGCAGCAGUUUGGGGAGUUGCCUGUGUCUGAAACGCUGAAAGCUGGGCAGCUCCACACUCGAGUCAGUCGCUGCCAGGUGUGUAUGAAAAGCCUGUAGGGUGGCACCUGCCACUCUGCCCCUUGCCCUCCCCUGCCCCUCACAACAGUCACCUCACAAACCUGAAUGGUGUGAAGAAGGAAGGCCUGAGCCCCUUUGCCUAUCUGUCAAGUUGUACAUUGGAGUCUCAUUUGGGCUAGACUACGGGACACUCGUCAUCCCAGCCCUCGGGUCCAGAGAGAUGAGCCCACCCUGCUGAGAUCUGCUGUCCCGUUUCCGUCAAGCUGGUGCUACUGUUUGAUUUGGAUGAUUGUGUGACUAUUCAUGGCUACCUCAGAAAGAUUUGAUGGGCCACCACUGCUCGCUUUCUCCUCACUGUCUUGAUCGAAAAGCUCUCCCUAAUCGCUAAUCAGUCAUUUCUUCAUGUACAGAGGUCAGCAUACAUUAUUUGGCUUCAACCAGAACCCAGUGUUUCCACACUGAAAUUAUCUAUGCGAAUAUUCAUGGAUGGCUCAAGUCUGUACAGGGCAAGUCCUCACUGUUCAAGGAGGCCCACUGUGUCUAGGCAGGCAAGAGAAUUGAAAUGAGGUGCCACCCAGUAGCCCAGGGUGAGCUUUAGCUCUCUCUAGAAUGAGCAAGACUGGGCCCCAUAUGGCUUAGGGAGGCUUGAAGUCCAGCUGCUGGGUUGGGGGUGGUGGUCAUUAAUGGCAUAUGGUCCUAGACAAACCGUUUCCUCCUUGCCGGCUCCCCCUCCAGCCAGAGACAGAGGACCUGGCCUGGUCCAAAGUAGAGCAGAGGAUGCAACAAAUGUGGCCAAGCCUAUCAAAGGGAAUGAGAAUGACAGCCUUUUUUCCUGGGCCAGGAGUAGAGGUGUGGGUGGGUAAGGAUGUGUGAAUUUUGCUUUUGACUCCAGGAACACAAAGGUAAAUCCCACAUCCCAGUUUCUCAGAAGUCCCUGUUUACUCCAAAUGCCAUCCAGAUGUGUGCAAUGUGGCAAAUUGAAGGUGCACAGUGUUGGUUUCCUUAUAUUCUGAGGAUGUUAAAGACUUUCUGCUAAAUGGUUGCCCAAUUGCUCUUUCACAGGUAGCCUAUUAAACUAUUUUAAUAUGUUUUUUUAAACCUCAUAAAAAUCUAGCACACUCUUCUCUUGAGCAGUUAGCAGACCUGAAGCAAGCCUGAAUUGGCUAUGCAGUACACUGUAUUCUGUUUGGGGGAAUUUGUUUUAGCCAUUUUCUUUAAUUACCAGUUUCCCAGAACACUCUUAGCUAUGUUGACAUGAGGCAAUUUCUUCCAGGUGAUUCUGUUUCCUUAAGUAUUAUAUAAACUGUGCCAAUACAGACAAAGCAUAAUCAGUAUAAUCUGAAUUAUUAUUAUCUUCACCUCCUGAGUAAUAAGCAUGAUGUCAGUUUUGUACAUAGCAAAUAAAAUAAAUGAAAUCGGAACAUGUGA